CAUCGCGCGGCCGUAUAAUAAUAUCGAAGUAAUGGAGGUGAGCGUACGUGGCCCUCGGGGAAGGAACGGGGUCCGGGGGCUUCGGCCAACUUACGUACGUACCAUUGGCAGCUCCGCGAAUACAGAGGCCGUUGCGGGUCACGGACGGCUCUUCGUUCCUUACUUCUCCGCGGCGCCAGCAUCGCCGUUACCCGGUACCGGCAGAUCGAGCGAAAUGCACGGUAUGCGGCGGCUAUAUGCAAAACCAAUUAGAGCCGGUGCUACGACACACCGAAAGGAAGACGAUCCCAUUGCGAUAAUAUCGCGCGGACUGCCAGUAUUUUCUAACCCCGUUCAACCGAUGAGCCCGCACUGAAAACGCGUACCAGGCGCUGCCUUAAGGGUAACGCGAAGGCGUCGACGUCGGAAGGAGUAGCGGCGUGACUUGGAUUUAAAAAAAGUAUGCAUUGAAAUUUACAGAGACGUGUGAAAACUGACAAGACCAGUUCUUACAUUGCAGAACGUCUGCUCGAUCAAGAGUUUAAGUAGGCCGAUAUUUGGCUAUACGGAGCCUCGUAAAGAAGAUAGAAGGAUCGAUGAGAAAAAGAUACGCCAGUUAUUAAAUUAUUCAAGAAGCGGGGUCCCGCGACUCUUCGCCGUUAAUUCGGAAACAAGAGUCGCCGUGGUUAGUAAUUGCAGCGAGGGUUAAUAAGAUCAGGAACGAUCAUAGAGAGAGAGAGAGAGGAGCUUUUCACGGCGAAAAUAAUUGCUCCGUUCCCCUCGAUUCUCGCAAUUACCGGUUCUUUCUCUAUAGGUCAUAUCUCUCUCUUUCUCUCUAUCUCCUUUGGCUCUGCUCUC